AAUUAACAACCCGAGGCUCCCAGUCGGAGCUCCGCCCCUCGGCGGUGACGCAGGGCUGUGCGGUGGUCAGUCACGUCUGCUUGAGUAGAAACAACCAGAAACAGAAGAGUUUUAUAAAAGGAACGAGGAGAAAACUGUCGGUUCAUCAGUAUCACUAGUUCCUCACAUCCAACAUCUCCAGACGCGUCUACGUGGUUCACUGUAACAAAAAGCUGUGGAGAAGAUGUUAGCUUGUUAGCUUAGUCGCGCAGCCAGGCAGUUAACGCUGUUGCCUGCAGCAAACGUCUUUUCACUACUCAAGGCGAAGCAGUCAUGACGCAAAAAGUCAAACUGAGUUCAGUUGCCCUCAGAGUUGAGGGCAUGACCUGUGGCUCUUGUGUCCAGUCCAUAGAGCAGCGGAUCGGGUCUCUACAUGGAGUUAUACAUAUAAAGGUGUCUCUAGAGCAGAUGAGUGCCACAGUCAUAUUUGACCCCAGUCAGCAGAGCCCCGAGUCUCUGUCAGAGGCCAUCGAGGACAUGGGCUUCGAGUCUAGUGUACCAGAGAGCAGCACUGCCACACCGGUGUCUACAGAUACCCAGCUGAUCCCCACAUCAGGGUUCACACCUGCAUCCCAACAGGGGGCUUUGAAGAAGUUGUCACAAAUCCAGGGAGUGCUGGAUGUCCAAGAGAGCCUGCCCAGCAGGGGCCUGACUGUCACUUUUGUUCCUUCCCUGACCUCCAUGCAGCUGCUCAGAGAGGUGGUGGCAGGUGCAUCGCCUCAGGAAAUCCAAACUCCUGGCAGUCCUGCGCAGAAAGGUUUAAACCUGUCUCAGUUGGACACCGUGUGCAGUGGAGCUGCAGUUCUGAAGUUCAGCAUUGAAGGAAUGACCUGCCACUCCUGCACCACCACCAUUGAAGGGAAGAUUGGGAAACUGAAAGGGAUUAAAAAGAUCAAAGUUGUUCUAGAGUCUCAGGAAGCUACCAUCGUCUACCUGCCUUACCUCAUCACCAUCCAAAUCAUCAUCGACCAAAUUGGCGUGGCUGGCUUCAAAGCCUCUGUGAAGUCCAAGCCUCGCCCCCUGCAGCUGUCUCACACAGACAUCGAACGUUUCAUUGAUUCUCAAAAAGCCACAGCUUCUUCUCCAUCUGAGACAUCCGAGGAGACUGAGAUCUUCAUAGACACAGCACUCGCCAGGCUCAGGAUAAAAGGCAUGCACUGCCGUUCUUGUGUGGUCAAUAUUCAGGACAACAUCUCUACGCUGCCUGGUGUUUCCUCAGUGGAGGUCUCUCUGGAGAAGGAGGAGGCCUCCAUUUGCUAUGAUCCUCUGAAGGUCACUGUGGCUCAGCUGCAGCAGGCCAUUGAAGCUCUCCCUCCAGGAAACUUUAGGACUGAACCCCUGGACUUCUCUCACAUUCUCAGUCCUGUAUCCACAUCAACCAAGCGCACUGUCUCAGCAUCGCAGCCCAGACCUGCUGCUUCACAGCCAUGUUUUAACCAGCCGCUGGUGUCUGCUGUUAAUAUUCACAUUGAAGGCAUGACGUGCAACUCCUGUGUGCAGUCUAUCGAAGGAAUGAUCUCCCAAAGGAAGGGGGUGAGGUUGGCUCAGGUGUCUCUGACUCAUCAUCAGGGAGUCUUUGAGUAUGAUCCUCUGCUCACCACACCAGAGGAGCUGAAGGAGGCCAUAGAAGAUAUGGGCUUUGAUGCAUUUCUACCUGAAACCAAUUCUCUGCUGCCUGCAUCAGAUCCCAUAAUACCAAAGUCUCCACGUGUCCAGAAGAAGGACUUGGACAGUGAGCUCCACAACGAAACCCUCCUGGGACCUGCCGGAGACACGCCCUCUAAAUGCUACAUCCAGAUUGGUGGAAUGACAUGUGCUUCAUGUGUGUCGAACAUCGAGCGAAACCUCAAAAACGAGGCUGGGAUCUACUUUGUUCUGGUGGCCCUCAUGGCUAGUAAAGCAGAGGUCCGUUACAACCCUGACAUCACAGAUCCUUCGAAGAUAGCAGAGUGUGUGAGGGAGCUAGGCUUCACCGCCUCUGUGAUGGAAAACUAUGAAGGCUCAGAUGGAAACCUCGAACUGGUGGUCAGGGGGAUGACGUGUGCCUCUUGUGUUCAUAAAAUUGAGUCAACCCUCGUUAGAGAAAAGGGGAUUAUAUAUGCCUCCGUUGCCUUGGCGACCAACAAAGCACAUGUCAGGUAUGACGAAGAAGUCAUUGGACCACGGGACAUCAUCAAGCUGAUCGAGAAUUUGGGAUUUGAAGCAUCUUUAGUAAAGAGAGACCGUACAGCCAGUCACCUGGACCACAGCAAGGAGAUACAACAGUGGAGGAAGUCCUUCCUUGUGAGCUUGUUUUUCUGCGUGCCUGUGAUGGGCAUGAUGAUCUACAUGAUUAUUAUGGACCACCAGAUGAACGUCUCACAUCAUCACAACGCUACAAUAGAGGACCGCAACCAUUUCCACUCCACCAUGUUCUUGGAGAGACAGCUGUUCCCUGGCCUCUCCAUCAUGAACCUCCUCUCCUUUCUUUUCUGUGUACCUGUACAGAUUAUUGGAGGUCGUUACUUCUACAUUCAAGCCUACAAAGCAUUGAAGCACAAGUCUGCCAACAUGGAUGUGCUCAUUGUUCUGGCCACCACCAUAGCCUUCAGCUACUCUCUGGUCAUCCUAAUCGUGGCCAUGGUGGAGAAAGCAAAAGUCAACCCCAUCACCUUCUUCGACACGCCUCCCAUGCUCUUUGUCUUCAUCUCGCUUGGACGCUGGCUGGAGCAAAUUGCAAAGAGCAAAACAUCUGAGGCUUUGUCCAAGUUGAUGUCGUUACAAGCUACAGAGGCCACCGUGGUCACUCUAAGCAGUGAUAACUCAAUUCUCAGUGAGGAACAAGUGGAUGUUGAGCUGGUGCAAAGAGGCGACAUGGUCAAAGUGGUCCCUGGAGGGAAGUUUCCUGUUGAUGGGAGGGUCAUUGAGGGACAUUCGAUGGCGGACGAGUCUCUUAUCACAGGAGAGGCCAUGCCUGUGACCAAAAAGCCAGGGAGCUCUGUGAUCGCAGGCUCCAUAAACCAGAACGGUUCUCUGCUGGUCAGUGCUACUCAUGUUGGGAUGGACACCACGCUGUCUCAGAUUGUUAAGCUUGUGGAGGAGGCUCAGACUUCAAAGGCUCCGAUCCAGCAGUAUGCAGAUAAGAUCAGUGGCUACUUUGUUCCCUUCAUUGUUGGGAUAUCUGUGCUCACUCUGAUUGCCUGGAUCAUCAUUGGGUUUUUGGACUUUUCCCUGGUGGAGCAUUUCUUUCCUGGUUAUGAUCGGAGCAUUUCCAGGACCGAGGCAGUGAUUCGGUUCGCCUUCCAGGCCUCCAUAACAGUGUUGUGCAUCGCUUGCCCCUGCUCUCUUGGCCUGGCAACACCGACAGCUGUCAUGGUGGGCACCGGGGUUGGAGCCCAGAAUGGCAUCCUGAUAAAGGGAGGAGAGCCCCUUGAGAUGGCUCAUAAGGUCCAGUGUGUGGUGUUUGACAAGACCGGUACCAUCACACAUGGUGCUCCGAAGGUUGUCCAGGUCAAGAUGGUUGUGGAAGGGAACAAGAUGCCGCGCUCCCGCCUGCUGGCCAUUGUAGGUACAGCAGAAAAUAACAGUGAACACCCACUGGGAGCCGCUAUUACCAAAUACUCUAAACAGGAGCUCGGCACUGAAUCUCUCGGCACCUGCACGGACUUUCAGGCAGUGCCGGGCUGCGGCAUCCGGUGUCAGGUCAGCAACACGGAGUCUCUGCUAAAGCAGGCGGACAGCGACAGCGAGGACAACAACCAGUGCAACAAUGUCCUCAUCCAGAUCAGUGACACCCUGAUGCCAUCCAGCUCCCACCCGCUCACCAUGGAUCCACAGCCACUAAGUUUGGUCCAGACCGCCAUCUAUGUUGUUCUGAUUGGCAACAGGGAAUGGAUGAGAAGAAACUGCUUUCAGAUCAGACCAGACAUUGAUGAAGCCAUGAUAGAGCAUGAGCGCAGGGGUCGCACUGCUGUUCUAGUUGCUGUAGACAAUGAGCUGUGUGCAAUGGUAGCCAUAGCUGACACUGUGAAACCUGAGGCUGAGCUGGCAGUUCACACGCUGACAAGCAUGGGUCUGGAAGUAGUGCUGAUGACCGGAGACAACAGUAAGACAGCUCGGGCUAUUGCUGCUCAGGUGGGCAUUAGGAAAGUGUUUGCUGAAGUGCUGCCCUCCCACAAGGUGGCCAAAGUGGAGCAGCUGCAGCAGGCUGGAAAGAUAGUUGCCAUGGUGGGCGACGGGGUUAACGACUCACCUGCGCUGGCGAUGGCUGACGUCGGCAUCGCCAUAGGAACCGGGACCGAUGUGGCCAUCGAGGCAGCAGAUGUGGUGUUGAUCAGGAAUGACCUGCUGGAUGUUGUCGGCAGUAUUGACCUCUCCAAAAAGACCGUGAGGAGGAUCAGGAUCAACUUUAUCUUUGCUCUGAUCUACAACCUGGUUGGCAUUCCUAUUGCUGCUGGUGUGUUCCUACCUGUUGGUCUGGUGUUACAGCCGUGGAUGGGCUCUGCUGCCAUGGCACUCUCGUCUGUGUCUGUGGUUUUGUCCUCUCUUCUGCUUAAAUGUUACACGAAGCCCAGCGCCGAGAAGCUGGAAGCCAAACUCGGUAACAGCAGGCGGCAGGGCAGCCUGUCUGAUGUCAGCGUCCACAUCGGCAUGGGGGAUCUGCGCCGUCCCUCCCCCAAACUCAGCCUGCUGGAUCGCAUCGUGAACUACAGCCGAGCCUCGAUCAGUUCCCUGCGCUCUGACAAACACUCGCUCAACAGCUUGGUGCUGAGCGAGCCUGACAAACACUCUCUGCUGGUGGGCGAGGCGCUGUGCGAGGAGAUCUGCUGAAUACGUGGAGCUCAGGCAGCCUGCAGAGGCUUUCAGUCUGCUCAGACUGUAACUGCAGUUAAUUAUGGCUGAACCUUGCUGAGGGUUUCUUUGAAAACUGGUCCAUCCAUACUUGAAGCCAGUAUGACCUUUUGUUUUUCAUAGGUAAACCAGCUGAUCCCAUCCCCUCAUAAAGCGAUGAGCCUGAAAGAUGAUGCUCCUUUGCCUUUACAAUCUUCAGCAUCAGUCCAAAGACGAAUAAACCUCAUUGCCCUUGGUUACGGGUGGACACUAAAAAAAAGAAAUGUUUGAACUCUGUUGUACAAUUAUCCUUCCAACUAUUUAUAUUAUUUAUCUAUUUUUGUCAUUAUAUCCUCUUACGUGAAGAAUGAAGUUGUUGAAUCCAAAUGCCAAGUUUGAUUUUAAAUCUUUAGAGAUGUGUGAUAAGCCUAACUACGCAGCCUUGUGACAAGCGGAAAGUUGUAGUGUAGUUGUAGUAGGAGUGAGCCGUAAAUGUUACCCAAGUGCCAGCUGAAACGCUACCUUUGCAAAGAUCCAACACAUUCCAAAGAUAGCACCCUUCACAAGUUCUCCUGGACUCAACAUGCACACGGUGUGAGCAAAGGUUACUUGUUUAUAAUCGACAUGUGCUGCAGGAUCUGGUCUUUGCACCUUUUUGUCAAUGUGAAUGUGAAGAUUACUCGUCUAUAACUCAGCAGAAGUUGUUACAUGAGUGACUUUGUGCUUGGAUCGCUUUAGUUGCCUGCUGCAAACGUGCCUCGGCUUCAAAAGGUCAAACAUUUAAUGUGUUCAUCUCCUGCUUCUGGUUACAACUCCUAAAAUACAGUGUUACCGUUUUCUAAGGGUGUAUUUAAUGGAAAUCUGUCACUUUGCUUUUAUAAUGGAUUCAUGUUAAUGCACUUGAUCAAAGAAACAACCUACGUCCUGCAGCAUCAGUGGCUUCCAGUGGAGCCGACCCAACAGGUGCUGGUAAAUUCAUUAAGUAGCUUGUUUUACUGAAUCACUUUGUACAAUCAGAGCAAAAUGAGAUUAGAAGGGUCAUAUUUUGCAGUCUGACCAUAAAACCGUCUUUGUUUUUGCAGCGUUGUCUUUGCAGUUAUCUUGUAAAAUAUGUAGUAAAUUGCUGUAGCUGAGCAAUAUUUUGUUUAUAUCACUUUUUUCUGAAAGCAAAAGAUCCACAAGGUUCAUCUUGCUACCUUCCAAUAACAGUUCCUUCUGCAGACAAAUCUUGAAUUUAUGAGUCCGUUUAUGCCUAUCUGUUGUACUUGUGCAAUCAUUUUGUAGAAAUGGGGGUAAGGUUUCAGGUUUGUUUGCAGUCUAGUCUCCAUCCUCUGUGGUUUCUCUGAACAUUGUGCCUUGGAAUAAAACACUUUUGUUACACAA